GGCGGGGGGGGGGCGGUGUUGUCGGGAGCGCGCGCGGUACCGGCGUUCCCGGCGCUGUUACACGGGCCGCGAUCCCGGAGCCCCGGCCGGCCCAGCGCCUGGACCCUAACACCUUGGAAUUGCCCCUUUCCACGUGAAGCUCAGCCAUGACAGACCAAGAGUUCAUUCUCUGCAAGUGGAAGAGGCGUUUGUGGCCGGCCAAGGUUUUGUGCAAACCUGGAGCUGCUGGGAGCAGUCCCGAGGCCGCCACGAAAAGGAUGGGAUUUAAAGCUGAAAUCCUUGGCUUGGAGAAGCAGGUCAGUGUGAGCUCUGCAAACGCUGUUCCCCUCACGGAGGAGCGGAUCAAGGCCAUCGCCUCCACCCUGGAGCAAAAGAAAAGCAUGAGUGAGGCCGUGGAGGAGCUGCAAUAUCGCUGUUCCCUUAAAAUUGCCCUGGAUAUUCUCCAUCAGACUGACUCAGGCAGUCAAAUCCCCCUUGCAGAAGGACCAAAUCCCGAAUUUUCCCGGCAGGAAUCUGCCCCACCCACCCCCUCCCGCAGCUUCUUCUUGCGCUCUCGCUUCAAAAAGCCGGAACCCGAGGCUGCUAAGGGGAAAAGAAAACCCCAGAAUAACUGUGGGAUGAGGGAUGAUCCCAAAGCGCGGAGCCAGGGAGGUUCUGUGGCUCCAGAGGGGAGCGGAAAAGCACCUGGGGGUGGCACAAACCCUUCCAGAGCGCCUGGGGGUGGCACAAACCCUUCCAGAGCGCCUGGGGGUGGCACAAACCCUUCCAGAGCGCCUGGGGGUGGCACAAACCCUUCCAGAGCACCUGGGGGUGGCACAAACCCUGCCAGGUGCGGUGCCAGGGACUCGUGCAGUCACAACUGCGAGAAGCCGGAAGCAAAAUCGUCACCCAGACAGAGGAAAAUCCAGCCCAGAACGGGGAAUGGAGCCUCCUGUAAGCCGAAGGCUGGAAGAAGUCAGCAAGGAGGGAGAAGAGGAUGUAGGGAUGAUUCCCCCCGGGAUCAAGCACGGGUGGCUCCUGAGGAGGGGUCUCCACCUGUCCCCUCUAAAUCUGGCACCGUGGAACCUUCCAGAAAGGCAGGAACUCAGCCUGGGAGAACAUUCCUGGAUUCCUCCUGUGAAGCUGCCUCGGAUGAGUUGGAGAAGAGCAUCAGCAGUGAGAGUGAGAGCCUGGCAAAGCAGCUGGAUGGGAGGAGAGAGGCUGAGGGUGGAAAGCACCUGGAUGGGGGAGGUGCGGCCUCAGGCGCAGACAGGAAAUGCAGGAACCACCCUGGAUCCUCACCUGGGCCUUCUGGUGCCUUCCCUCAGCCUCAGGAGGAGGAAAACCAGGAUCCCUCACACCUGGCUGGGAAUAAAGGCCCUGACUCCGAGGAAGAUGAAGGGCUGGAACCCUCUGGGAUGUCUUCCAGGAGAGUUUCCUCGGAGAGCCUCCCUCCGCUCUCCCCUCUGGCCGAUGAAGAGGAGGAAAAUUUCCCGAGCGUUCUGUCCCAUCGAGAACCCAAAUUCUUCGAGGAAGGGAUGUUGGUGUGGUGCAAGCUGCGGCGGUAUCCGUACUGGCCAGCUGUGGUGAAAGCAGUGAAGAGGAAGCACCGGAGGGCCUGUGUGCUCUUCAUAGACGGCACCACAAAUGAGAAGAAAAAAGGUUUCUCAGUGUCCCUGAAGAGCCUGAAGCACUUUGACUGCGAGGAGAAGCAGGAGCUCAUUGAACGAGCCAAGGAGAACUAUUCCAGGGAAAUCGAGUGGUGCCUCCAGCUGAUCCUGGACUAUCGGAUCCGAGUGGGUUGUCAUUCUUUCACCGGGUCCUUCCUGGAGUAUUUUGCUGCUGAUAUCAGCUACCCAGUGAGGAAAGAGGGAUACCAGAGUGUGGUGCAGAUGGCAUUCCCAAACACAGAGGAGGCAGGGGCUGGAGAGUCUUCCUCAGACACCUCUCCCCAAAAACCUCCGAGGAAGCUCCUCCCGGACAGGACCAGAGCUGCCAGGGACAGGGAGAACAAGAAGCUGGUGGAGUUCAUAGUGAAGAGCAAAGGGGCUGAGGAACAUCUCCUGGGGAUCUUGAAAAGCGGCAAAGAAUCCCGCUGGCUGAAGAAGUUCCUGAAUUCCAGCCGGUACAUGACCUGCGUGGAGACGUACUUGGAGGACGAGGAGCAGCUGGACCUGGUGGUGGGGUACCUGAAGGAGGUGUACAGGGAGAUGGACACCAAGAACCUGCACCAGAUCCUGGGGGACGGCAUCAGGUUCAUCUCAGAUGUGCUUUUACCUGAGGCCAUCAUCUGUGCCAUUGCUGCCGUGGAUGACAUCGAUUAUGAGAAGGCAGAAGAGAAGUACAUUAAAGGACCACCUGUGAGCAAAAGAGAGAGAGAGUUGUUUGAUGAGCAAGUCCUGGGAAGCAAAAAGCUCAAGACGGAGCCGGAGCCUGCGGAGAGCUGAGGAGCGGCCGGGGCUGCCCUGGGGCCAGGUGUAAAUAACCCGUGGUGAUUUGUAUAAAACGUGGCAUUCUUUGUAAAGUCUGUGCGUGUAUUCCCAAAUAUUCUGCUCCCAGCCCCAGCUGGCUCUCAGCCUUUGCUGCUUCCCGUGGCCUCGCCACGUUCGGGAUCCGCCGGAUCCUCGUCCAUCCGUGCCCUGCUGGGGGGCUGCCGGAGACCCCCAGUGCUGUGCAGAGCUUCUGCUGCUCCACCGACUCCCACGUGGAUUCUUUCAGCCAAACACGCAGCUUGGGAGGGGAUCUUGUCCCGGUUUGUGGCCUCGCUGCUCCUGGGAAAACCAGGGGGGUUCCGGGCAGGAAACGCUCCCAGGGGUUUUCACCUUCCUGCCUCAAGGAUCUCCAAGGGUGGGAAAUCAGAUUGGUGACCUGGAUCACAAAGAUCUGGGGUUUUGUUUUGUUAUGACAAGUAAAAUUCCAUGGAGAAGGAAUCCAGGUCUGCUUAAACACAAACAUUCCCUUUUCCUCUAACAGUGAACCAGUGGAAUGCUGGUUUAUUGCCUCUUUGUGAAUUUUGGGAGGCUUUCAAUUGUCUUUUUCUCAUCUGAAUUCCCAAUUUAAUCCUGCCCAGCUGUCUGCCCACCUUUGCUGGAGCUGUGGCACGUGGAAGCAGUGUCACCAAGAACUAAUUAAUGAUGAAUAAUGAUAAAUGAUACAUAAAACCCCCUGAUUAGGGUUUCUCUCUGAUAAUGAAAAGUGAUCUCCUUGCUUGUCCAGUAAAACCCAAGAUGAUUUGAAAUGAAGAAGUUGAAAUUGGGAUCCAGAUGUCUAUCCUGGCUGCAGUAAUUAUCUGAAUAUAUUUUAAUUACACUUUUAAUUGCUCUGCGCUCUCUAAUGAAUUUCACCAUGGAAUCCUUAUUCCCGUUAUCUCAAGUACCUCAAUUACAGGGACAGGCCAGGAAGUGAGGGUUUUAUUAAAACCUGUGAGGAGGGAUAAUGAGUUUUGUGAGAUAGGAUAAAAAAUUAACGAUGGACUUCACUCAGAGCAGUGAGUGGCACUUUCCCUUUGGAGAUGGGAGGUUGGGGAGGGACUUCCUGCACUUCCUGCCCCUCAUCCCAGUGCUCUGGAGAUGGGGAUCAACUUCCCCCUCCUUUACUUUAACCCUGUGUUCCCUUCUCCAUCAAAACUCCCCAAGUGCUGUUAAGAUCCUGCUCCACACCCGUGCACAGGGGCAGAACCACCUCACCUCACCUCACCUCCCCGGCAGCUGUGGAAUCCUGGGGCGGUUCGGGGUGGAAGGGACCUGAAACCCAUCCAUGGGAGCAUCCAGGAACCCCUCCCAGUGUCCCUGGGUGCUCCAAGCCCCUCCAGCCUGGCCCUGGACACUUCCAGGGAUAAUCCUGACCUUGUCCCACCCCCUUCCAGUGCUGCCCCACCGGUCACUCGCUGGUCCUGGGCACCGGGCUCAGCCUCACCUUGUAUGAAUUGUGUGGACUUAAUAAAUCAAAAAUAAAUCAUCAAAAUACGCUGCUUUUGUUUAAUUAUUUUAAUCUGUGGUGGGUGGUGCUUCCACCUCAGUUUUGCAGCAGGUGGAGAUUGUUUCUGUAUAUCAGAUAAAGCUGUAAUAUCCUGUCUCUGUCUCAGUUUCAUGUUUAUUAAUCGCUGGGAAAUAAACUCGCUUGGUUUUU